AGCGCCAUUUUAAAAAAUAUUUUUGUGCGGAGCGGAAUUCGAUUUAAAAUUUUCAAAUUUUCCGGUGUUGGCGGCUCUUAACCGACAAGAUCCUGCAUGUGUGCAUUUUAGCUGAAACCGAAAACCGAAACCAGCGCAUUGGUGGUUGCUACCCGUCUCACUCUCUCUCUCCGCGUGUGCAUGUGUGUGCGUGUGCCAGGAAAAGUGUGAAGCAGAAGAAAGCAAAGCGCAGCUCUAAUUAAGAAAAACCCAAGAUCGAGAUAAAAGCGAGAAUCAAAUCAUAAAAAUGGCAAGCGAAGUGGCCCAAAUACCCGCCGAGGAAACGCCCGCAGUGGCGGCGGCAACAGAGAGCUCCGCCGAGCAGGCGGAAAAGCCAGCCGCUCCCGCUGGCGAUGCUGCCGCUGCAGCCGCCCCCGCAGCAGCCCCGGCUGAAAAGAAGGAGGGCGGAGAGGCGGAGGACAAGAAGGAGGACGGAAAGCCGGAAAAUGCAGCUGCCGACGGCGAGGCAAAGAAGGAUGAGGCGGCCGCUGCACCGGUGGCGGCGGCCAAAACGGAUGCCCCGCCCGCCCAGAAGUUCAAUGUGCACAAGACCAACUUCGAGAAGGACAUCAUCUAUCUGUACCAGUUCUCGCGCACCCCGCUGCUGCCCUCGCUCUCGCCCUACUGCCUUAAGGUGGAGACCUGGCUGCGUCUCGUGGGCCUGAAAUACGAGAAUGUCGAUCAUAAGAUGCGUUUCCGCUCCAAGAAGGGUCAGCUGCCGUUCAUUGAGCUAAAUGGCGAGGAAAUCGCCGACUCUGCCAUCAUUAUCAAGGAGCUGUCGUCCAAGUACGAGAAGAAUCUGGAUUCGGGACUCACCGCCGAGCAGAGGAAUGUGUCGUACGCCACGAUUGCCAUGCUGGAGAAUCAUCUCAUCUGGAUUAUCUUCUACUGGCGCGCCAAGUAUCCGGACAAUGUGCUCAAGGGAUACAAGGUCAACUUGCAGCAUGCCCUCGGCCUGCGGCUGCCCAACUCCAUUCUGAACUUCUUCUUCAAGAUUACGUUCGGUCGCAAGUGGUUCCAGGGCACAAAGAAGCUGAAGGCGCACGGUAUUGGCGUCCACAGCGCCGAGGAGAUCGAAGAGUUCGGCAAGAAUGAUCUGAAGGUGCUCAGCGAGAUGCUCGACUGCAAGCCGUUCUUCUUUGGCGAUGAACCCACCACCCUGGAUGUGGUGGCCUUUGCAGUGCUGUCGCAGCUCCACUAUCUGUCCAAGGACAUUACGUAUCCGCUGCGCGACUACAUGACCGAGAAGUGCCCCAACUUGAUUGGCCAUGUUUCUCGCAUGAAGGACAAGUGCUUCCCCGACUGGGAUGAGAUCUGCACGAAGCUGGACCUUAACGCGCACAUUCCCAAGCCAGAGCCCGAGACCAAGGAGGGCAAGGAGGGCGGCGAGCAGGAGAAAUCAAACGAACAGGAAGGCACCGAAGGCGACAAGAUCGAGAAGGAGUUGGAGAAGGACAAGUCGAACGAGAAGGAGUCGACCGAGGAGAACAAAGAGAAGGAGGAAACAAAGUAAAUUCGCCGUUAGUUAUAUGCGUACAUAUAUCUAGUAUAUAUGUGUAUGGAUCGAGAAAACACAAGAAAGCAACACCCCACAUACACACACAUUAUAUAUAUAUACAUAUGUAGUACUAUACUAUAUAGUAAGGCCCUAUAUAGCUAGGCGCUGCGCUCUCAUAUAUAAGCAUUCAGACAUCAGAAAACCACUCGAAAAAAAGAACACCCAUUUACAAAAACCUAGGACAACUGUGUAAAGCAAAAGCAGGCAAAAAACAAAAACCAUCAGCAAAGAGAACGAUCCACUAAGUAAUGAAAAACAAAAAGAAACAAAAACAAAAAAGUAUAUACAAUAACGUAACGUAAAACUUUGGACAUCUUUUUUUAUAUAUAUACACGACGACGUUUGUAUUACAAGAACAAGAAACAAAAAACAAACAACAAGAAAAAAUUCAACAAAAAAACGAAAAAAAAACCGUAAAAACCAUUUAGUAUAAAAUUAUAAAAGUUUAUACGUAUAAAUAUUAAGAAGAAAGAGAUGAAUGCGAAGAGCAAGGGGGAGAAAUUAUAAAAAAUUAGUUAAAGAACUCGAAUAAAGAAAGAAAAAACAAAGAAAAGUGAGAAAAUGUGAGUAAAAAAAAAGAAGAGUGAAGCCAGCGAUAUAGGAGGGAUGGCAAGGACAGGAAAGGAAGGUGUAGAGAACAGCAUACAAUACGCAUUAAUCAUUAGUUUUCAUUCAAAACGCGAUCUAUAUAAUACACACUCAUCCACACUCACAACACACACUCACUCACACACAUAUAGCAUAUGCAGCAACAAUUGCAAACUCGAUGGUAUUGUUUACUCUUCCAAAAUUGAUUAAGCUUAAAGUAACGAAAAAGGAUCCGCAGCCAGUACGCUAUAUAUAGGAGGAUACGAUAUGAUAUGAUAUGAUAUAUACAGUGAUGUCGCUGUAGUAGGGAUGACAUGCAAUGGGAAUGGUAUAGGAAUGAUAUAUAACGGAAUGACGGCAAUUAAGUUUAUUUUUUAUAUAUAUAUGAUUGCAAAUAGUAAUUUUUGAUUCUCGUGUGCAAAUAAUUAAACAAAAAACGGAUAAAAUUUAUUACUUAUAAUUAUAAACAUAAAUCUUAUAUACGCGCCCCCAUUAUGCAUAAAGAUGUGUAUAAAAUAACAAACGAAACGAAACAAAACAUAAGAAAUAUGUAUGUUGGCUCUUUUAUUAUAUUAUAUAUAUUAUUUCUAUAUAAAUAUUAUUGUAAUUGUGUACUGUGUAUUAUGAUUUUUUUGCUACUAAAAAUCACGUUUUCGUAUGAGAUGCUCAGAGCUUUAUCGAUGUUUCAACACACACACAUAAUAAACAAUCAAACGCAUUCGAACCAAAAAUGAAUCUUUAAAAAUACUCGGCAACACAUACGAAAGAUACAAGAUACGAACAAAAUUAUUUGUAAUUUUUUUUAUACGAAUUUGUAACUAUUUUUUGUAUAUUCCCCUUUUUUUGGUACGUCCACCGAACAAAAUUAUAUUAUGUACGCCUCAUUUAUUUUUGUCUACUGUCUUCUGUGUUUUAUACGAUUUAUUUUUAAUGAUAUUGAUUAUGCAAAUAUAUAUAUAAAUAUAAACAUAA